GAGAAUCUUUGAGCGCUUCGGUUGUGAGCGGUUGUGAGUGAAUUUUCCGGAAAAAUAAAAGUACAAACAAAUUAAAACAUUUGGGUGUGCGAAAUUUUCAAGUAGAAGUAAUCAAAAUUUGUGAGGCCGGUGGAAUUUUAAAUGUGAGUUUUAUUCAAACUGCUAUGAAGCAUGUUUAAGUGAAUAUUCUGGAAACACAUUCGUGUUUUUAACUAAAUAGAUAAAACGCCAGCGGGCAUAAAUAAAAACGAAGAAGAGACGAGUGACUUUAGAGAAAUGUAAAGCGGAACAGCAAAAAGUAACAAAAAACAAUACAAAUUAAUUAUAUACAACAAAAAGAGUUAAUUGUCAGUUGCAAAAAAAAAACCAAAUCAACUAAAUUGCGAGCAAAAAUUUAUCUAUUUCACUCGAUGAUUGUGUGAUAUGCGAACAAAGAAAACUAGAAAUAUACAAAGACUCCAGAAAGCAAAGAAUUGACGAAGAGAAUAAAAUAAACUAGAAGGAAAAGCGCCGGUUAAUAGAUUAUUUACGCAUGCAAUUUCUUUGUGAAAGAUUUAAAGAUGCGCCAAAACCGAUAAUAAUAGUUGAAAUAUCAAAAUAUAACAACAAACUGCAUAACAGUUGCUAUUUUGUAUAACAUACUAAAGCUUCAUACAAAUUCUUCGUGCAUGCUUCCGGAAUUGUGGCUACGACUACAUUUAUUUCUUGAUGACUUAUUGAAAUCCAAAAAGGAACUAAUUCAAAUUGUCACCGAUUUUACAUUUUUCUCCUUCGAUCAUCUGCACCUGAUAAAACUCAUAGCCAAAAUGUCGACGGCAUUCCUCACCGCCAUAGCGGUCAUUAUGUGCAUCCUGUUUCGAAUACUAAACGUGAACAGCCAGCCAUUGAAACCAAGCGUUUGGUGUUUGGAUCAACAGUUUCUGGAUUGUAUUUAUAAAAUUGCACCAGUACUAAGAGAACCUUAUGUUCCCACGCGUCUAUGGGGCUUUAGUGGUCACGUACAAACGGUGCUGCAUAGCAUAGUAGGCCGCGUGAAAUGUCCUUGGCCAUUGGGCGAACGUGUAUAUCUGCUGCUACAGGAUGGCUCCACACUCACCUAUGACCUCUAUCAACCGAUAAAUGAGGCUGAGGAUGAUAUCACCAUUGCUAUUUGUCCAGGUAUUGGCAAUACAUCGGAGAGUGUGUAUAUACGCACAUUCGUGCACUACUCACAAAUGCAUGGCUACCGUUGUGCCGUACUCAAUCACAUCGGUGCGCUGAAUAGUGUGCAGGUGACAUCAACGCGCAUCUUCAGUUAUGGUCACACGGAUGACUUUUCCGACAUGGUUAACAAUUUACACAAGAAAUAUCCAAAUAGCCGCAUUGUGGCGGUCGGUUUCAGUUUAGGUGGCAAUCUGGUGACUAAAUAUAUGGGGGAAUCGGCGAAGUCCAAACCGCACACCAUACUCGGUGGCAUAUCGAUUUGUCAGGGCUACAACGCAGAGGAAGGUACAAAGUGGCUUUUGAAUUGGCAAAAUUUCCGCCGUUUCUAUCUGUAUGUGAUGACGGAGAAUGUGAAAAGUAUCAUACUCAAGCAUCGUCAUGUGUUGCUGUCGGAUGAGGUGAAGGCACGUCACAAUCUAAACGAACGCGAGAUUAUCGCUGCCGCUACACUGCCAGAAUUAGAUGAGGCCUAUACACGACGUGUGCACAAUUUCUCCACCACACAGGAGCUAUAUAAGUGGAGCUCAUCACUACACUUUUUGGACAAUAUCGACAAGCCGAUGAUUUUCAUUAAUGCCAAAGAUGAUCCAUUGGUGCCAGAGGAGCUGCUGCCACCCAUUAAAGAAUUUGCAUCAUCCCGCCCCAAUGUGGCAUACAUUGAAUUGGCUCACGGUGGUCACUUGGGUUUCUAUGAAGGCGGUUUGAUUUACCCCAACCCCGUUACAUGGCUGGACCGCACUGUGGUGGCCAUGGUUGGCUCCAUAGUCAUGCUGCAUAUGGAUGCUGUAGCUGGUGCACAAAAAGUUGGCUAUGAAUAGGUGAAACAACUGAUUUCACGCACUCGCAAAAAAUAAAUGGAAAUUGCACUUAAAUAAUAAGUAUAUAAUGCGAAUGAGGAAUGACAACACAGUACAACUAAGUUCUCUCUCUAAGCAUAUGUACACGUAUGUAUGUAGAAGAAAAAUGCACAAACCAUGGACAUUUCCUUUGAUAAAUUUUGUAAAAUUGAAAUGUUUAAUUUUGUUGAAUUUUUAAUUCGUAUUUGUUCACACAAACAUCAAUUUAAAUUCACAAAAAAAAAAGAAAAAUAAUAAAACAAUACAAUGUUCUCUGCAUUUGUUGUUUUUUUAUAAUUGUGCAUAAUGAAUUGAAGACAACUCAAAUGUAUAAUGAAGCUACACAAAGGCUUUGUGCGAAAAUUCCAUUUUUCUCCUAAAUGUAUUUUUAGGUAAAAUUAAGUCUGCAUUUGCCACGCACUUAUUUAUGUAUUUUUAUAUGUGUGAAACAAAAAAUGAUGAUUACAGAUGUAUACGUAAUCUGCUUUAUGUUGAUUGACCAUUUAGCUUUAGAAUUUUUCACUUUUACUUUUAAAGUAAUUGUUAUGGCUUUUUAACUAUUUAUUCUGUAUUUAUAGCUAAGCAUUUAAUGAGCGUUUUGUACAAUGUAUAACAAUGUAUAACAAUUUUUUUAAAUGCUUAAAAUUAAUUUUUUUGAAAAAUAUUUUAUUUAAAAUUAACUUUGGUAGAAAACCUAUAGUCUAAUUGUUUCAACGAAGACAGCAAAAAUGACUCAAUUAAAAAAAAUAAAAUUUUGUUUUUAAAUAAAAAUUUAACUCCUGACGUAAAACAGUAUACAGUUAGUCCAUUUGCUUUCAGCUGCAUUUCACAAUAAGAGUUAUA